AUGUGGUAUCUCGGGUUUCUCGCACUCUGUUCUGUGCUCUCCUUCGGCCGAGCGCUGACGAUUAUCGAGUCGUGUGUUCGCUCGUCGCAAAAUAUGCACGACGAGCUGUUCCGACGCGUUUUGAAGGCUCCAGUGACGCAAUACUUUGACGUGACUCCAAUGGGUCAGAUCCUGAACCGCUUCUCGAACGACUUGGAUCAAAUGGAUACUAUGCUUCCCCAAGAGUACCAACUACUGCUCCAGAAUGUGUCUUUGGCCUUCGGAGCGCUCGCCACAUCGAGUGAGAUCAAGCGACUGGAAGGCGUCACCCGAACGCCCGUGUACAAUCUCUUUAGCGAGACUUUAUCCGGUCUCGCUACGAUUCGCGCCUUCUGCAUGAGAGACAACUUCAUCGAGUUGAACCGACGUGUACCACUCGGCUUGACUUGCUGUCAGUUCUCAUUAUUUUCGUCGUCACGCUCUAUCUCGUAG